AUGGACGAGGAGGAGGAGAUUGAGGGGGUGCCGGCCUUCUUCCACCGCCACCCUCUCCUCCUCUGCUUCCUCCUCUUCCUCGCCUUCACCUACGCCUUCGUCUACCCCGUCUUCGCCUUCGUCCUCGCCGCCGCCCCGGUCCUCGUCCUCACCGCCCUCCUCCUCGGCAUCGUCCUCCUCCACAGCGUGCCCCAGGAUCAUGACCCGCAUGUCUACAACAAGAUCAGCCACCGCCCACCACAAUGCCAACCAAGCACCAGACAUCACCACCGACCCUCCGACGAAUCCAGCGACUCCUCCUCCUCCUCCGUCGACGAAAAUGACCACCACCCACCCACCAUGUCCACCGCCACCUCGCACGCCUCCUUCCCCGACACCGCCGCCAACACCGAAUCAGAAUCAACCGACUCUGACCACGAAGGAAAGCAGCACAACCACCAGCGGUCCGAGAAAAAGGACGCGGUGCGGGCGGUCGCGUGGACGGCCGAUGACGCCAAGAGCAUCGAGAACAUCGGCUCGCUCGAGCUCGAGAUGAACGCCACCGUCGAGAAGCUCAUGUCCAGGCGUCGCGCCCGCGGCCACCAGCGACCUCUCCACCACCACCACCAGCACGUCAUGGAGCUCGACGACCCGUCCAAGCUCAGCAUCGCCACCAGGAAGAGGAACCCCUUCGACCUCGACGGGCCCUACGACGAGGACGACAACUUCCCCGACUCCGCACCCUCCAUGCUCGGCCUACGCCCCUCGCGCAACCCCUUCUUCGAUGAUGUGGACGACGAUCUCCGUCUCCAAGCACCACCGCAGCCGUCGUCCAUCCCGGGGGCGGGGGCGGCGGCGCAGAAGAACGCCAUGCUGUUCCGACGGCAUGAGAGCUUCACCGUGGGUGCGCCGUACGUGAGCGACUUCCGGCCAUCCCGCUUCAGGCCCUACUUCGUCACCGAGAAGAUGCAGGGCCAGCCGGUGACGGUUCCCGAGGCCAGCCGCAAGAGCAGCUCCUCGUCCACGUCUUCCUCCUCUGCGGGUGCCACUGCCUAUGCCUAUGCCUAUGCCUACGCCUCCGCCAACAAAGAAGAAGAGGCAGCAGCAGAACAAGAAGAAGCUUUGGCAGCAGCAGCAGCAAUGUCGGAGGAGGUGAAGCCUGGCGUUGAGUACAGCAGCAGGUCUCAUGAGGUGGCGGCGGUGGACGUGGAGCUCAUCAGCGACUCUUCCGACGAUGACAUGACACUGCCUGGUGGUGGCCAUGCCCAUAAAGGGCAGCAUGUACAGGCACAGCAGCAGCAGCAGCAGGAGGUGGCUGAGCAAGAGCAGCAAAUGAAAAUGAAGCUGCAGCAGGAGCAGCAGCAGGAGGAGCAGAUGAAGAUGAAGGUGCAGCAGGAGCAGCGAAUGAAGCAGCAGUUGGCUGAGCAGGAGCAGCGAAUGAAGCAGGCGGCUGAGCAAGAGCAGCAAAUGAAGAUGCAAAUGCAGCAGCAGCAGCAGCUGGCGUUAUCAGACGACGACGAGGGGGAUUCGUUUGAGGUGGAGAGCAUCACGAAACAAGUGGCAGCGGCGGCGGCGGGCAAAACCAAACAGCUUGAGACAGAUCCUGCAUACGACUAUAGCCCGUCAAAGACGGAGAAGGCAGCAUUUGCCCAGUUACCUCCUCCGGCGCCGCCAAAUAAGCUGCAGACGAUGCGGAGAGUGUUCUCAGAAGAAGACGCGGAUGAGCCAUGGGCAGCGCCGAGCGAAUUGGAGGAGACAGCUGAGAAUGAGGGCAGGGAGCAAGACCCUCCUCUUUCUGCUCCUGCUGCUGGUGCUGCCCCUCCUCUUUCUGCGGCCGCCAAGAAAGCUAUCGGCAAGUCCACCAAGGCGUACAAGCCGCCAUCCAAGAAGGCAGUCUUAGGCUUCUUCCGCAAGUGA